CUUACCAAUUAAACAAAAUAAAACAUUGAAAAAAUCAAAAAACUAUUUUGACACGAUAUUUCAAACCGCUUCAAACAAAUUUUUUGACAUUGACAUGAAGUCAUCAAAUCUGUCCUUCUAGUUUUCAACUUUUCACGUAGUUUGAAUGACAAUGGCUAUUGAAAAAACUUUGAAAUCGUAUGAAAAUUGCUGUCGUACUUGCUUGAAAGAAGAAACCUCAUUUGAUAUAUUUAUGGAAACUCUUAAUAAUACUAACUUAGCUGAUAUCUUGAUAUCUUGUACCAGGUUGAAUAUACAACAGGAGGAUUGUCUACCAAAAAAGAUGUGCGGCUGUUGCUACAAUUGUCUUGUUAGUUUCUAUAAUUUUCGCGAAUUAGCGCUAAAAGUUGAUGCGAGAUUAAGAGAGAAUAUUUCAAACAGUUAUGGUGUAAACAACAGUGAUGAUGAUAAUAAAAGUGAUAAAUAUCCAUUUGAAAUUAUAGUUGAGAACAACAUAGAUGGUAAUUAUUGUACAUUACAACCUAAGGCUGAAACAGACUAUGGUGAUAUUGAAGGGUCAGAUGAAAAUAGAAGUUUAGAUAUAUUUACUGAUACAAACAUAUUUCCCGAACCACUAAAAUUGAAAAGUACCAAAAAAGAGAAGUUGGAGUGCACUUACUGUAAAAAAACAUUUAGAAAGUUAUCUAGACUUAAAGAUCACUUAGUAAAACAUAACAUUCUUAAAAAUAAUAAUGAUAAUACAUAUAAUGAGUCAAUAAAUCAUCAAGAAACUGAAGGAACUUAUUCCUUGACUGAGCGUGAGGAUGUUAAUAAUACUAUUGUUCAAAGUUUGGUUGAAUAUGUUUCAUGUAGAAUUUGUUCUCGUAAGUUCAAGUCAACAAACUCAUUGUCGGCACAUAUGAGAAAGCACGUAGAGAAAGGCAGAGUGAUUUCAUGUCUGAAAUGUGGCAAAGUGUUUAAAAAGAUAAGUCAUUUGAAACGUCAUGAAAUUGUUCAUGAUAGUAGUCGUCUUUAUAAAUGUUCUGUUUGUCCGAGAUCAUUUCAAAGCGCUGAAGUGUUUAAGGGUCAUAUGAAUAAACACAAUGGAAUAAAGCCUCACAAUUGCCCAUUAUGCACAAAAUCAUUUGCUAAUUUGACAACACUGAAGUCGCAUAUUAAGAUGCAUAACAAAGAUAAGUUUCUGUGUCCUACGUGCGGAAAAAAGUUCGAUUCAAGCACAAGCUUAGACCAGCAUGUAAAAAGACAUCUCGGUUUGAAGCAGUUUGAGUGUACAUUAUGUCCGAGGAAAUUUGUAAGUAAAGGAGAAUUAAAAUCUCACACCAUCACCCACACAGGCGAAAGAUGGUACACGUGUAGCCAGUGUGGUGGAACAUUUACAAAACAGAGUUCCCUAAGUAAGCACAAGUUACGGCAUUUAGGCAUCAAACCACAUCAGUGUGACACAUGUUUAAUGAAAUUCUCAAGCAAAGAUCAUUUAAAGCGACACAUUCGUAUCCAUACCGGUGAAAAACCAUAUAAAUGUGACAUAUGUGAAAGAGCAUUUACACAGAGCAACGACCUCGUGAAACAUCGACGAGCGCAUUUAGGAGAAAAGAUUUAUAAAUGCACAGAAUGCAGCGAGAGUUUCCGCCUCAAUAUUGAACUUCGACAACAUAUAUCAGAACACUAUAUUUCAUCGCAACUUCAAAUGUUAGAUAAAAAUAAUAAAGACAAUAUGGAAGUCAGUAGGGAAGAUACAAAUAACGACAAUAUAGUAUGCGUUCAGAUUGACAGUAAUAACACAAAUAAAUAACACUAUUUUAAAUACAAAUUAAAUUUGCAUAAAGUGAUACAGCUCAAAGGGUUUUCAAUUAUUUAGAUUUAAGAGUAACUAAAACAUAGAUUUUAUCAGUUUUAUCUAUACAUGUUGUUGAAUUUUGCCAUAAAGGUGUGACUUCUUGUUUUCUAGUUCUUGGUGUCUUCUUUUAUUAUUACUAUGUUUUUUCCAACAAGCUUUAAAAAAAGUUUUCAUCAACUGAUCCGUCACUGUCAAUUGUACCUAUGUUUCAUAGUAAAAUUUCAUUACAUCAAUCUGGAUUUUUUUUUUGUUUGCUUGUAUAGGUACUUCUCACAUUAUGUAAUUAUAUCUGUGUUAAAUAUAGCUUUUAAUUUUUUUUUUCUGAAGAUUAUUUUUAUAGAGGUAAUAAAUCUGUUAAGUUAAUUAAUUAGAGAUGCAAUCUGUUACCUGUAGUGGAAGUACUUAUGAAUGUUGUGGUCAAACGUUCGGUAAAUGUGUUUGAUUAGUUGCUAAAUAAGAGGGAUAUUGAAUGGUUACUUCAGUUAAACGACAAUAAUGUUCUAAGGCCUAUACAGGUGUCCCAGGAAAGACUGUCAAGCAGAAGUCCAGAGCUUCUUUCUCUUAGCUCGCAACUCGCAAGAUAGUCCGAUGAUCAGGCCAUCUUUUAGGUGCACGAUCACCUCUUCGUUCCACUUGUUCCGGAAACAACCUCGGAGUCUUCGCAGCAUUCCCUCGGGACUAAGGAAUCACAUUUUAUGCGAACUGGGAUUUUCAACAUUCAUAAUUAAUAUUCCUGAACUGUCGAUAAAGAUAACACCAUCGCAUUCAGACGGUUAAAAGACAAUUGUUUUUGGUAGAUGUCGAUUAUGUAUCGAAAAUGAAGGUCGUCAUUUUGAAUACUUUUUAUAGUAAAUAAAUGAUUCAUUAAAACAAUUAUUGCAGUUAAUCAUUGUGUAGAAUACAAAAAGAUUCAGGUAGGAAGUGUUUUUUUAUCUAUUUUCAAAGCCUUACUCCCAGUAAACACGACCGAAUCUAUUACAAUUUUUUAAACUUAAGAUUUCAAAUAUCAGACUUGUCGUAUUUAAAUCAAAAUUUGGGGGUAAUGAUAUCGGAUCACCUUGCGUUAGCCCUUUACUUGUCCACCUCACUAAUUCCUUAUUUCCUGAUUCCAUUUGGAUCUUGAUUGAUUGAUGAGAAGAAGAAUGUGGCUGCAGAAUGAUGGGUACUCACUAUGCUCGCGCAGUUAGAGCUUAUCUAGAUGACACAUACCCAAGAAGAUGGAUUGGCCGGCUAGAACCAAUUUUGUGGUCCCACGCUCCCCAGACCUAAAACCACUAGACUUUUUCUACUGGGGUUGUUUAAAAGAUAAAGUGUACAGUAAACCAAUUCGAUCGGUCGAUGAAUUGUGGCAACGAAACAAUGAAGCAGCUCGCGAAAUUACUGAUUUAAGUUUAACACGUUUAAAGACACAGUUUUUUAAGAAGAUGCAGGUUAUGUAUAAGAGCGGGUGGCAGAAAUUUGUAAAAUCUGCUAUAAUGGUUUAUUCAAUGUAAAUUCUGAAUGGUAAAUGUUUAUUUGAAUGUUGUAAUUGUAAAACUUAAUGAAAAUAAAAAAAAUACAACUUUA